AUGAGUUCUUCUCUGUUCAUCAACUGUGGAGGAAGUAGAGCCAAGAUCGAAAAAGACACGUAUGUGGAAGACUUGAACGGGAGAGGACCAUCAACAUUCUCCUCUGUCUCUGAUUCAUGGGGAUACAGUAGUUCUGGAGUUUGGGUAGGCAAAGCGAAUGCUACCUUUUUAGCAACAGACAGAUUCAAUCUGAUCAAUGAAUCGGUUCCAGAGUAUUACAAAACAGCACGUCUCUCUCCACAAUCACUCAAGUACUAUGGACUAUGCAUGAGAAGGGGAAGCUACAAAGUGCAGCUGCAUUUUGCAGAGAUUAUGUUCUCAAAUGACCAGACUUAUAAUAGCUUAGGGCGUCGAGUUUUCGACAUUUAUGUCCAAGGGAAUCUGUUGGAGAGGGACUUUAACAUAGCAGAGCGAGCAGGUGGAGUUGGUAAACCAUUCACAAGGCAAAUCGAUGCGCUUCAAGUGAAUGGAAGUACGUUGGAGAUUCACUUGCAGUGGUCAGGUUACUUAGGUGGAAAGGAAGAGGAUGAAAAUGAGCUCGUGGAUAUGGAUCUCGGUACAAACUUCUCGAAGAAAGAAGCAAAGAGGAUGUUGGAAAUCGCUCUGCUCUGCACAAACCCAUCUCCAACGUUGAGACCACCAAUGUCAUCUGUUGUAAGUAUGUUAGAAGGGAAGAGCAAGGUUCAGCCUCCAUUGGGCAAAGAUGUUAACCUGAAACAAGAAGAAGAUGAAGAGCGAUCAUCAUCUUCCUCGAGGAAACUUUUAGAUGAUCUUACCGAGGUGAAGAUUGAGUAG